ACCACCAUGGCCUGGUGUUAGCAGCCCAAUUCACUGGACCUCUGCUACCGGCUGUCUUACUCUUGUUUUGGUUCCUGGUCGCUCUCCAUACGGCAUUGCCCUGCAUUCGGUAUGAGGGCGGUGCUCCGCGCUCCGCUGCGGGCAUCCAAUUUUGAUCCCGCAACGGCCAUCCGAUACUCGGCUUCUUCUUCUUCCUCUAGCCAUUCGUUGCUGCAACCGCGAGCCCCUUCGAUACUUCGCAAGGCGAUUUCCUCAUCUGCGCAAGGGUCACGAGGAUCAUACCGAUCCCGCGUUCCAGGACCGAUCAGACCCUUUGCGUCACACGCUCCUUUCUCCUCGAAAACGUCGCCUUUGUUAGAAAAUGCCGGUAGUAAUGCCGGGAAAGACACGGGUUCGGGUCAAUCGCAGAAGAAAUUCAUAAAAUAUGUGGUCUUGGGGGGAACGCUGGUCGUCGGAGCAGUGGUAUUCUCGGAUGACGCUCAGCAUAUCUACCGCGCCGCGCAGAGAACGGGGAGGGUUGUCGGCACAUUAGCGGUGUGUAUCAACGAUUACCGAGUCACCCUCAAGCAAGAAACCUCAUCGCCCGAAGAACGGAGUGAAAACAUCCGGGCUUGCCACAAACGAUGCGCCGAACGAACCCUGCGUGUUCUCGAGAAGAACGGCUCCAUAUUUAUCAAGCUAGGGCAGCACCUGAGUAGCAUGGGUUAUCUGCUUCCAUUGGAGUGGACGACGACCUUUGUUCCGCUGCAAGACAAGUGCCCCGUUUCGUCGAUCGAAUCCAUCGAAGAGAUGUUUGUGGCGGACACGGGCCGCCGCGUUGACGAGCUCUUCUCUUCCUUUGAUUCGGAGCCCAUCGGUGCUGCAUCUCUUGCCCAGGUUCACGUUGGUACGCUGAAGGAGACUGGCCAGAAAGUCGCGGUGAAGGUGCAACAUCCGGCGUUGGCGGAAUGGGUCCCCUUGGACCUCGCGUUGACUCGGUUCACUUUCUCGAUGCUGAAACGCUUCUUCCCCGAGUACGACCUGGAAUGGCUGUCGAAAGAAAUGGAUUUCUCAUUGCCGCAAGAACUGGACUUCCGCAUGGAGGCGGACAAUGCUACGAGGGCGAGCGAGUACUUCAAGGAGCAUUCGGAUGCCCCAUUGGUUAUUCCGGGUGUUAUGUGGGCUCAAAAACGGAUCCUCGUGAUGGAAUUCAUCUCUGGUAACCGGCCUGAUGACCUGGAGUUCCUGGACUCCAACCACAUCAACCGGGACGAAGUUUCCGCGACACUGGCCCAUAUCUUUAACGAGAUGAUCUUCGGGGACAAUGCUCCUUUGCACUGUGAUCCUCACGGCGGAAACAUUGCCAUCCGGAAGAACUCCAAACGGCGUCACGGCUUCGAAAUCAUCCUCUAUGAUCAUGGCCUCUACCGCGAUAUCCCUCGCGAAUUACGCCGGAACUAUGCCAAGAUGUGGCUGGCCGUCAUCGAAGCGGACGAAGGGCGCAUGCGUGAGUAUGCACGCAAGGUGGCAGGCAUCACCGACGAGCAAUUCCCCCUCUUUGCCAGCGCCAUCACCGGUCGAGACUACACCAAGGUAACGAAUAAAGACAUCGUCACUCAACGCACCGACUCAGAGCGAGAGAGCAUGUCCGGCGCACUGAGCGAGGGCAUGUUGCAGCAGUUGGUCGAAUUGCUCGGCCAGGUUCCCAGGAUUAUCCUUUUGAUUCUCAAGACCAACGACCUCACCCGCAGCCUCGACGAAAACCUUCACACCCGACAGGGACCCGUCCGCACCUUUUUGAUCCUCGCUCGCUACGCCACCCGCACGGUGUUCGAGGAACAAAUGGAGUCGAUCAACGAGACGGGCGGGAUCCUGCGUGUCAGGAACUUCUUCCGAUUCCUCUGUGCAUGGACCGGGUUCCUUCGCGUCGAGCUGAAGCUGUCCGUCUACGAAACCCUGCUGUCCCUCAAGACCCGGUUUGCUCAACUCUGGUGAGAUUUUAAAAGCUGGAAAUGGUAAUAGGCCCAACACAAUCAUUACCAUCCCUUCCUUCUGAGCUUCGCAAAAGCCUUGUACAUCCCCUUGUUUCUGUUGCUUUUUCCCUCCAUCCUUUUUCCCCUCCUCCUUUUUGGUAUGAUUUGAUAGAACGGCACGGGUGGGUAAAUCUGUGCAUCAGAUGGCGUUUAUUUAUUACUGUCACCUUUUUUUUGGCCCCUACCCCUGACAUCCUGUUUGUUCUUAAUAUAUUAUUUUCUCUGUUUUUCCGGUUUCAUAAAAUGUGUGUACUUAUAUAGAAAUACAGGUCGGCAGAAUCGCGACUGUGUGAAUAGACGGAUAGAUCAAG